AUGCCGUCUCCUUCUUUGGAAACAGAACGUGAGGGAUUAUCCAUUUCUUCCCAUUGUGAUUGGGUGUCUGAAAACUGGAGUCAUCGCUUUUCAUUCUCAAUUGCCUCCCGAUUUGGAGGAUGUUCUGAUUCAAAAUUCAGAGCAUUACGUUGUAUCACGUCGAUCUUCAUACGACAGAUUGAACAUGUUGACUCGAGUGAGGAGCAUAAAGCUCCUCAAGCCAUUGAGACUGAGGCUAUUGAUCUAAGCGCGGUAUCGAUUGCAAUCUCCACGGGCGACAUUCUCACGAUCGAACAAUUUCUCUACCACUCAUGCACCAAUCCCAACAUUUUUCGAGCCCUUGGUCGGGAGUUACUCUUCAAAGCGCUAGAAUACCAGCAGUAUUCAAUUCUGGCGAUGCUUUUACGAGACCACCGGAUUGAUGUCAACUCGGAAGACUCAAGAGGUCGAACGGCGCUCCACUUUGCUGUCAUCUAUGAUGACCUCACUGCAAUUCAUCUUCUCAUGACGCACAAAAUGAUCAAGUUGAAUCACCUAGAUUCUGCAGGAGACACUGCACUUCUCUUAGCGGCGAGAACGUUCGAUGGCGGGCUAUCUUGCAGGAAGAUCUUGGACAGUUUGAUCUCAAGUCCGGACGUAAUGGUAAACCAGCGCGACUCUCGGGGUCGUUCAAUCAUCUGGCAUGCAGCAAAUACAGGCAAUUGUGACCUCGUCCAAAAGCUGUCACUUCUUCCCGAGAUAAAACUCGACGCAGCGGACAACGAUGGCAUCGCGCCACAGGAGCGAGCAAGACAGCAGGGCAACCUCACCAUAAUGGAUCUUCUUGAAAAUAUUCGCUCUCAAAGGGAUACGCAAUAG